UGCUCAGCCUCCAGGCCCUGACCCUGCUGGGCUUCCUCGUUUCUGACUCUGUGUCAGGCAUCCCAAUGUCAACGUCAGGGUGGUCAGCCCUGCCCGCCCUGCUGCUGGCCGUGACCAUGUCUUCCUUCCGCUUGGCCGCGUCCGGAGAUGAAGCACGAAACCGGCUCUUGACGACAGAAAAGAUGAUGCGGGUUGGGGGGCAGCUGGUGCUGGCGCAGGAGGAGGAGCUGGCCAACCAGAAGCUGGGGGCCCUCAAGGAGGCGGAGAUGCGGGAGGCCCUGAGGACAGGGAGCAGCCCACCCAGCAUGCACUUCUUCCAGGCCAAGAGCCUCAUUGAGAAAAGCGCAGUGUUUAACAUCCUGAAGAAGAUGCCAAAAGGCGCUGCCUUACACGUCCACGACUUCAGCAUCGUCAGCAUGGAGUGGCUGGUGAAAAAUGUCACCUACAGGCCCCACUGUUAUUUCUGCCUCACCCCAAAGGGGAUCACGCUGUUCAAAUUUGCAUACCUGACUCCCCCAGCCCGGAACACAACAGAAUGUUCGGAGUGGGUUUUGUUGGAGAAGUUUCGAAAGGGGCUUCAGAACAUCACUGAGUUUGACAACAGCCUGCUGAGAAAUUUCACUCUGAUGACCGAGAACCCCCAGGUGACUUACACAAACCAAGACGUGGUCUGGGCCAAGUUCGAGAGCACCUUCUACGCAAUUUCGGGCCUUGUGUGCUACGCCCCAGUGUUCCGAGACUACAUCUCCAAGGGCCUGGAGGAGUUCUACCAGGACAACGUGCUCUACCUGGAGCUCAGAGUCAUGCUGUGCCCAGUGUAUGAAAUGAACGGGACAGUCUAUGGCCCAGAGUGGUCGGUGAGGACCUAUGAAGAAGUGGCUCGUAAUUUUGCAAAAGAGCAUCCUGGGUUUAUUGGAAUCAAACUCAUUUAUACGGAUCACAGAUUCAAAGAUGUACGCUUCAUCAAGAAAUCUGUCCAGAGAGCCAUGGACCUUCGAGCCAAGUUCCCUGGGAUGGUGGCAGGGUUUGACCUGGUGGGGCGCGAGGACACAGGCCACCCCCUGUACUACUACAAGGAGGCUUUGACGAUUCCAGCCUCACAGGGAGUUAAGCUGCCUUACUUCUUCCACGCUGGAGAGACGGACUUGCAGGGUACUUCUGUAGACAGAAACCUUCUGGACGCCCUGAUACUGAACUCGACCAGGAUUGGCCACGGGUUUGCUUUGAGCAAACACCCGGCCGUCUUGACUGAGGCCUGGAAGAAGGACAUCCCCAUCGAAGUCUGUCCCAUCUCCAACCAGGUUCUGAUGCUGGUGUCUGACCUGAGAAACCACCCUGCAGCCGUCCUGAUGGCCAUUGGGUACCCCAUAGUGAUCAGCUCUGAUGACCCUGCUACUUUUGGGGCCACGGGCUUAUCCUAUGAUUUCUACGAGGCCUUCAUGGGCAUUGGGGGGAUGGUGGCCGACCUAAGGACACUCAAACAGCUGGCCAUGAACUCCAUCAGGUACAGCACCCUGUCGGAGUCAGAGAAGACGUUAGCCAUGGAAACCUGGGAUAGGAAGUGGCAGAGCUUUGUGGUUGAGCUGGCCAGGGGCUCCCAGUGAGGAGACAGCUGUCUGUCACCCUCCGCCUCUGCUUCCCUCCGUGCCGACCUCACCUCCUCAUAGCGGGUCCAGAAUCCAGGGAAGUCACCUCUGUCUCUUCAUCAGAACCACACUGACCCUGCGAAAGUUACCCGCAGCCUCCACGUGGCCUGAUCUCUCAGAACCCUCAUCGGUGGACCCCGCGCACCGCGUGGAAUGUCCUUCUCUCUCGGCCUCAGUGACAGGACCCCUCGCGGUUCCUCCUCUCCCUCCGGCCACGGCUCCUGGGGCCCCUGGUCCACGAGCUUCCCUCAGCUCAGCCCUGCGCUUCUGUCUUGGCUUCUCUCUUUUCUCUCCCCAUUCCACACUCUUCUCCUGCACGGUCUCUUCCACACCUUCCCUUCAGAAACCACGUACUUGUUAAUGGUUCCCGAACUUGGGAUGCCCUCGGAUGGCCCACAGGAGCCUCGGAGACCUGCUCUGAGCACUGCCUCCCUCCCAGCUGUCUCAGUAACUGGCACCUCUGUCCACGUGGCGCAGAGGCGGUCAGAGGAGUCUGUGCUGCCCCGUUCCUCCAUCUGGAGGUGCCCUGGCUCACCCAUCCUCCCCUCCACGCGGCUGGCAUCCAGCCUCUGUCGCUCUGGCCUGACUCACAAGAGCCCCUAACUGAUCUCUCUCUUCUCUUUGCCCUUUCCAGCUCAUUUCCCCCAGAGUAAUGACUGUUUAAAGUCAAGUUAAACCAGGGUUCUUCACUGUGACAACUCAGCACAUUUAGGAAAGCUCCGUCCCUACGGGGCGUGUAGCAUCCUGUGAAUCAGGGUCCUUCCCACUCUGUCCCAUCCCGCACUGGACUCUGGUCUCAUUGCUCCAAGCUCUGCCCGGCCUCAGGGCCCCCCCAGCUCUCUCUGUUCUCCCCACUUGUGUCUGACUGACUCCUCUCACCCUCAGGCUUUGUUUCAUGUCCUCGUCUCAGAGGGGUUUCUCCCGUGGGGCACCUUGCUCUUUCCUCCGACUCCACCAUGACAUGUAAUUACCACGUAUUUAUAUCUGUGGGGCCUCCUUACCCCCAGACCGUCAACUCCCACUAGACAGGCAUGAAUGACCGGUUCACGUCCACUGCAAGCCCAGGGCCCAGCCCACACCCCUCGCCCAGUCAGCCCUCAAU